AUGGUAGAAGCUAAGCGCCAGAGCAAACGGACGCACUUGACGUUGCAGCAAAAAGGCAAGCUCCGCUCUUUUCUAAUAGAAAAUACAGGACUCGCACAAUCGGAUGUGGCGGAAUGGGUCUUUGAUCACUUUCAUGUGCGUCUAGGGCGCACGACGCUUUACCGAAUUCAGCAUGCUCCUGAAGAAGCGUUCACGAGAGGAAAUCUUGGUCAUAAAAAGCAGCGGCGUGUCAAAUUUCCAGUUUUUGAGAAACGUCUUCUAGAAUUUUAUGAGAAAAAGUGUGUGCAGAAGGAACACGUGACGGACGAUGUGCUUCUGCGCCACGCAGCUGAAUGUCGUGCUGCCUGUGGCAUUGGCGAGUCAGAGCUCAAGCUUUCAAAUGGAUGGCUUUAUCGUUUUAAAAUUAGACAUCAACUUACAGGAAUUCCGCCGCAAACAAGACGACAUGAUGAUAGUGAAAUCACGGAGAACACAUCAGUUGAGGUGCCACUGCUAUCAUCUGCACAUGUGCCAUCAAUUGUUCACAUUCCUGCUGGUAAUAAGAAUACAGGGGAAAUUUUGUUAAUGGCUCGAUCUCUUACAACGCUGAAAGCACCGGGCUUUUUUAAUUGGGAGCCUAUGAGCAGAGUGCAACAGGGAAAAGUGCAGAUUGUUACAGAUGGUAUAUUAAUGCUACAGGAAGGCGUUUACCAACUGAAUGUGGACGUAAAACACAGCGCGUCGGGUUAUGAAGUGCCAGUUUUCAGAAUUUAUUCUAAUAAUCGCGUUGUUGGACAAUCCGUUACCACCACAUUAAUGCAAAAUGACGUUGCAAGUAGUAUCUGUGUCGACACCACCCUGCUCGUCAAUUAUCACGACGUGUUAAGAAUUGAGUUUUUGGCGUCAGGGUUCGCGUUUACAGACAGCAGCCUCGUGCUACGACUAAUUGACGCUAAAUUGGAUCUUUGA